AAAUCAAAAUCUAAUGAAUCUGAACUCCUCUGUUCUCUCCUGUUGUCUAUCAUCCCUGUUGCUGCUCCUACAGAUGAGGUUUUCGGACGUUGUGAAAAAGUCUUUCACAACCCCUACCGUCUAAAGUCCGUUUUAGUGAAUGUAGGAAGUUGUAAUCCUCUGUAAUCCUCCACUACUCUUUUCUCUGAUCAUAUCUGUCUUUUUAUCCUCACUCUCCCCAUCCCUCCUUAUCUCAUACAGCACCAUACGAAGGGGGUGUGUGGAAGGUGCGAGUCGACCUACCAGACAAAUACCCCUUCAAAUCACCAUCUAUAGGAUUCAUGAAUAAGAUUUUUCAUCCCAACAUCGACGAAGCGUCAGGAACGGUGUGUUUAGAUGUCAUCAACCAGACUUGGACGGCACUGUACGAUCUCACCAACAUCUUUGAGUCGUUCCUGCCCCAGCUGUUGGCGUACCCCAACCCCAUCGACCCGCUGAACGGAGAUGCCGCUGCCAUGUACCUCCACAGGCCAGAGGAGUACAAACAGAAAAUCAAAGAGUACAUCCAAAAAUAUGCAACAGAGGAGGCUCUGAAGGAGCAGGAGGAGGGAGCGGGCGACUCCUCGUCGGAAAGCUCCAUGUCGGAUUUCUCAGAGGAUGAAGCCCAGGAUAUGGAGUUGUAGUGAUACGAGCCCCCCCCCUCUCACGCACCCACCCCCCUUUAAAACCACAAGAGACUAUAUGAUUUCCUAACCAUGAGAAGCAGACUAUAAUAUUCAUAUUUAAACAACUUGAUUUUUUUUAAUCAUUAUUAUUAUUAUUAUUAUUACUACUACUAAACAAGGAUUUUUAUGGAUAUCUAGCCUUGGUGUAUAUGGCAAUCCACCCCCCGGCUCCCCACAACCCCUCUACCAAACCCCAGGCUCACAACAGGUGUGUAACCCUCCGCAAGUCCCAGUCACAUUGCCCCCCCCUUCCCCAUUCUCUUUCAAAGGUGUGCGUGUGUGGUAUAGUAACCAUCCCUUCACAUUCCACCAGUAGCUAAGAUUAGCACCAUGCCCGCCCCCCUCCCCCCCCCCCCCCCCCCCCCCCCCCCUCUGCUCCUGACCUCUGACCUCAAACCCCUCCGUUGCAUUGACUGGACCGAACGAAGACCUUUCUGGGGGGAAGGGGGCGGAGCGGAGCAUCCUGAAGGGCAGAAGAGGAGGAUGUCGAAGGUUGUUGUUUUUAAGGCGGUUAUCGUACAGCUUUUCCUUCCUUUAGUCAUACUCGUGGGGGAGGGUGAGAAAAGAAAAACAGCUUUUAGUUGGAAUUGUCUCAUUUAUUGGAUACACCUUAUUUUUGGCAAACGGGACGCCUUGUUACCUGUCUUGCGCUUUGUGAGAUACACCACGUGAUUGGCUGUUGAGCCGAUCCGUCAUGUUUUGGGUUUUUUGAAAGUCCCAAACCUGAACGUCACUUUGAGGAAAUCAAUCAUCUGUCACUUGUGUGUAUUUGUUAGCUCAUCACUGAUGUCAUUUCCUGUGGACAGGGUGGGUUCCAAGCUUUGUCUGUUGAGUGUGUUUACAGCACCUCGUACAUCCUCAUAGAGCCUUAUGAGCCAAGCGUUGUCAAAGCGUUACGGAAGAGUUGAAGAAGUGUUUCAUAACACACAAACCUCUCUGCCCUAGACUGUCCUAACAAGUUUGGCGGUUCAACUACCUAGAAGCCUAGAGAUGGACAGUGAGUCUGUCUGUUCAGUCCCCACAUGUGUUAGCAUAUUACCUGAGCAACCAUACCUUCAGUCAACGUCAGUGGAUUCCUGGCAAACAAUUUUUAACCUGAGCUUCAGAAUACAGCUAUACCCAGAGGAGAACAGAAGGAAUCACAAAGCCCCUCUUCAUUUAAAAAAAAUGUUAAAAGCCAUGGAGGUAUAAAUAAAAUGUAAAAAGCACAGUGUUACUUUUUUCUUAUUUUUUUUAUACUACCCAACCCCUCUCUCUCUGACCUCCUCAUGGAUUCCACUAGACUCUGUUGAUUUCGUUUUGCCGAGCGACGUUUUCUUGUACAGUGUCGGGGCAUAAUCUGGAUGUCAAGUUCUGUUGGAUUUUCUGGCGCUUGUGGAACUGAUUAAGGAGCUUGUGUCGCUGUAGCGUUUGAGAGCUUGAGCUAUACCAGUUCUGACCUAGUGAAGGAUGGAAUUCACUUCACUUACUCUUCACUUGGUGGUUGUUGUUGUUAGGGAGGGUGGGGAGGAUUCUGCAGGUUUUCUUUUCAUUGUUGAACUUACCAACUUUGCCUAUUGCUUGUGCUAAACUCUGAUAAGUGUUUGACUUGAUGUAGGGAUAGUUAGUUUGCUGGGUGGGGACUAGGGUAUAUCACAUAUAGAGCUAGCUUGUUUGAGGUAAUUGUCUGAUAAGUAAAACAAUAAGUUCAUUUAAUUUGUGUACCAUUCUGUGGUUUGUGUGAGAUGUGUCUGCCUGCUUGUACCCUUACUGGCAAACUUACUGUUGUACAGAUUGACGUGAGAGUGAUUUAAGACAAAGACCAGUGACUCGUAUUCUGUGGCAGGCCGAGGCCACAUGACCCCGUCAGCCUGGUGAGGUGCAGAGGUACUCUGAUAAAGAAUAAUCCAGAACAAACUAAUGUAAGUCUGCACAAUGUUUUUUUGUGUGUGUCCCCCCCCAGUAUCUCCCCCCCCAAAAAAGCUUGACUGUUUAAAGCUACUGGAUAAUCAGCUUUCUUAGAAGCAGAGAGAGAUUUGGGUGUAACCCUGUGAGUUUUUGUGGUUGGUGUUUAUGGGUUUGGGUCUCUCAUUCUCCUUAUCCUGGCAGACAACGAGGGGUCUGCAAAACUUAUGAUGUCACAAGAAUAUGCAGUCCUGGGCUGUGUUUGGCUCAACUGUCUGUUGAGCUGAAGGAUCUAUUCUCUAUUAGAAAUAUUUUGGGGGGUUUUGUGUUCGUUUUGGUUUUAAUCCCAAUCAUUAUCGAGCACCCCUGUUUAACAAACAGUUGUUUUUUUGUUUGUUUUAUGCGAAACUGCCACGCUAAACCGCAUUUGAAAAUUGAAUUUUACUUAAUUUCUGGUUUUAGGUAUUCUGGUUUGAAUUUUGUCUUUGUUUUUACUUUUCAUUUAUGCAGUAUUGUACUACAGUAUAAGGAACACCGGACACAAGUGUAGAAAUGUGAUAGAAAAAGCACAUUUGUAAUGACACAGCCAUGUAAAAAAAAAAAAGGGGGAGCUCCUGUGAAAUUUUUAUCUUCUUUAAAAAGAAAGAGUGCUCUUGUGUUGUACUAUUGAAACCAUAGGUUUUGCAGGUUCCUUUACCCACAAAAUGGGCGACACGUCAACAAAAUACUCGGCUUUAGCCGAUUUCUAUAGUGAACAUUUUGGUCAACUGUUUUUCAGUUUAUUUUUCCUACCCCUCUCUUUCCCCCCCCAGACUAACUCAACUACGAGAGGAAUAUUUACAGCCUUUGAGUUUCCUGUUUGUUUUUAACUCUCCAGUCGUGGACAAAACAACAAAAAAAGACUUUGAAUCCCCCUCAAAAUGUCCAAUAAACUGAAGAAUGAGUGUGCUUCCGUUGCAACUUUGAUUAUAAAUUAUUUUUGGAUAAAGUGUGCAAAGAACAUUUCUCCCGCUUCAUUUCCUUACACUGUCUUUCCCUUCUUCAUAAGACCACAGGCUACCAGGUUUCACGUCUACAUCAGUUUACCCACAUUAAACACCCGUGUCAACCUGUGUUCAAGUAUUUAGAGAGACAGGGCGCUCGGUCCAUACAGCACCCUCUUCAGUGUCACUGAGAGAACUGCAUAUCCAGACUUUCACAGCCCUCCCCUGGCAUACCUACAACACCCUGCUUGGAUUAACAAAGGAGAGAGGACCUUGACUGUCUGCCCAGCCCAGGGUGCUGUUCCUGUCAGUCACACGUGGACAGGAGGACCCUGAGAAGCCUGUGGUUUCACCAGCAGUCAGUCACACGUGGACAGGAGGACCCUGAGAAGCCUGUGGUUUCACCAGCAGCAGAGCCAGGGUCCCUGAUCCGCUGUGACGGCCCUCUGUCCCCCGUCCCUCCCCCGUACCUGUCCCGUGCACCUGCAUGCUUCUGGUAUGGACUGGACGGGACUAGACCCUUGUCGUUCUGUCUUUUGAGUUUCUGCCGGGUGGAAACGCACCCGACGAUGGCCCACUGUUGUCACAACCAAUAGAGGACAGCGUGCACACACACACACACACACACAGCAUGAAAAAUGGCUGUUUUUUUGUUUUUUUUGUAAACGAUGUAUUUGGUACCUAGUGUGUGAUACUUGAAAAAAAUCUUCAAAGGGUGUUUUUAUUUUAUUUUACCGUCCUUGGUCUUAUGCUAACUCACUUUUUUUCUUUUUCAUCCUUUUCCUCUAAAUUUUCUCACAAAUUUAAUUUGCAUUGUGAAGUGGGCAUGCUUGUCACAAAGGACAAAUGCUCUCUUAUCUAUAGGAUUAUAAUCUCUUAAAUAGUUGUGUAUAAAUAAACUGUUAUAACUUCUUUUUUUAAUAAAACAUUAAAUGUG